GCGACGGCCACGAGGGUCUUCCCCGCGCCCGGACCCGCCGCCCUCAACCCCCCUGUGCGGCGGUGGCGGCGGCGGCACCACGUGUCGGGGCGGGGAGCGGCGGGGCCGGGCCGGGCUCCGCCACCCGCAGCGCAGCGGCAGCCGCGGGAGGAGCGGCGGCGGCGGCGGCUGAGCGCGUCCCUCUCGCCCAUGCCAGGUGCCCGUCCCCGGCUGUGCAGAGACUGAAGGCGCUAUGGGGCCCCUGCGGGAGAGCGGCAAGGAGCAGAAGGCGCAGUUCGAGAAGGAGGCGUCCCGCAGCCGCAUCCCCCGCCUCGUCCUCCGGCCGCAGUACCAGCAGCAGCACCACCACCAGCAGCAGAAGGUGUCCCCCGCCUCCGAGUCGCCCUUCUCGGAGGAGGAGAGCCGGGAGUUCAACCCGCCCAGCUCCUCCGGAGGCUCUGCCAGGACCGUCAGCAGCAACAGCUUCUGCUCAGAUGACACUGGCUGUCCUAGUAGCCAGUCAGUAUCUCCAGUUAAGACUCCUUCUGAUGCUGGACACAGUCCAAUCAGUUUUUGCACUGGUAGUGAUGGAGACUUCUCCAGGAAGAAAUUCAGUGCAGGGACAAUGAGUGAAGGAAACACGCAGCUGGCUCGAUGUAAGAAGGAGACAAAGACAAGCCUUGUAAAGCCUGGUAAGUAUAGCAUAGUUCCUUUCACUUCUUUAAUUACACUCUCUAAUUGAAUAGUACAUCUACAG